UUGCUGCUGCCUGCUCCUCUUAGACCAAAAUAUGAGGUUAUGUAAGGAAAUGCUAUAGUUAAGGGCCCCAUAAACUAGGGAACUUGGAUCUUGCGAACCAAGUUCCCCAGUGUAUGUGGAAAAUUGGUAAACCGCCAACCAAAAUCGUGGCGAAUUCGGUUUCAAUCUGGAUUUAAAAACUUUGUUUGGUUUGUCUGAUUAGGGUGAUAUUGCACAUGUAAAUUUUAGAUCCUCCAAGCUCCUUCCAGUAGUUACCUAGUUAGGUAGCGAGUGUAGCUUCGAGACGGUGUUCAGAGUGAAACUGCAGUUUUCCAGACUAUGGAAUACAGUAUUUGUAAGAAAAUAGCGAAAGUGGUCAUUGAAAGGCUUAGAGAUUUAUCAACAACAUCGAGACAAGAAAACAGACUUCAGGUAAAGAUUGAGAGAGAAGAAUGUGAAACUAAUCACAUCAAAGAAGAGCCACAACCAACCUUCAAUCAGAUUGCGACAGUUACUGUUAAAAAGGAGGAGGAGGAGGAUGAUAGCAGCCAACAACAUUAUCUAAUCCCUGGCUACAACAUGAUUUUCAUUAAAGAGGAGCCAUAUGAUGAGCAAGAGGCUGAAGGAAGUUCAGUGAAGAGUGAACCAGAGAUGUGGCCUUCAAACUGCAGCACAUCUGGCCGAGACUAUGCAACAGAAGUGGGUGGACUGAAUGAGCAUUCAAUCUCUCCAGUGGAAAAGUGCACUGAGUCAUCUGUGGCUGGCAAAAAGACCAAGCUCUACAGCUGUGCUCACUGUAGCUAUAAGACACUAUGGUCUAGUCAUUUGAAGGGACACAUUCGAAAACACACUGGAAAAAAACCUUUCAGCUGCAAAUUUUGUGAUUUCAAAACUGCUCAUUCAGGUAGAUUGAAAAAUCAUAUCAGAAGACAUACAGGAGAAACUCCCUUCGGCUGCGGAUUUUGUGAUUUCAAAACUGCUCGUUCAAGUUCUUUGAAAAGACAUUUUAUCAGAACACAUACAGUAGAAACUCCCUUCAGCUGCGAUUUUUGUGAUUAUAAAUGUGCCCUGUUAGGUAGAUUGAGAAGACAUAUUAUCAGAAGACAUACAAGAGAAACUCCCUUCAGCUGCAAUUUAUGUGAUUAUAAAUGUGCCCAGUUAGAUAAUUUAAAAGUACAUAUUAUCUGGAGACAUAAAGGAGAAAAACCUUUCAGCUGCGAAUUUUGUGAUUUCAAAACUGCUCGUUCAAGUUCUUUGAAAAUUCAUAUCAGAGCACAUCAUACAGAAAACCUCUUCAGUUGCGAGUUUUGUGACUACAAAAGUGCUAGGUUAGGUACUUUGAAAGAACAUAUCAGGACACAUAAAAUUAUAUUUAUUUAAAUAAAAAACCAUAUGUCAUAGAAUUGGUUAUGUUUCACCUUAACAAAGAAUUAGGCUUAGUUGCAUAAGCCUGUUAAGUUUUUAAUCAUGGUUAAAUUCGGCAAGAACCAAUCAGAAAAGGCUUCUCUAAUUGGUUCUGGUUGCCUAUAAUUAAGAUUGAAAGUCAACAGACUUUCCUGCAAGAUUUUCACAUUUUUCAGCGCUUACAUGAACGCAUUAGUGCAUAACAUAUUUCUGUAUAAGUACUGACAUGGGGUCAGUAUUACAAAAAUCA